AAGAAAAAAGAAAGUGAGAUAAAUGUGAGUAAAGUGAGCUAAAGGUGGGAAAUAUAUGUGCGAUAAAUAGUUUUUACAUUAGGCAUCCCAGUGGCAGGGUUCCUUUAAAGGCGCAGCUCCCCGCAGCGUCGUCAUUGCGCAGAGCAGUUUGAACCAAAAAGCGGAGUGACCUUCCUCGGCUCUCAGUCUGAGAGAGGGGCAGCACUCAAGCGAGAAGCCGGCCACCGCUCCUCCCGUAGAGCCGUAGAGAUGAACAACAACUUAAUCGGCGAUGAAGUCGGAAAAUUAUUUGUUGGUGGACUGGACUGGAGCACCACACAAGAGACCCUGAGAAACUACUUUUCACAAUAUGGGGAAGUAGUAGAUUGUGUUAUAAUGAAGGACAAAACUACUAAUCAGUCGCGAGGCUUUGGUUUUGUCAAAUUCAAAGACCCCAAUUGUGUACGGACAGUGCUGGAGACAAAGCCACACAAUCUAGAUGGGAGAAACAUUGACCCAAAGCCAUGCACUCCUCGAGGAAUGCAACCUGAAAAGUCUCAGACUAAAGAAGGCUGGGGCAGCAAAGCUGAUAGCAAUAAAUCAAAGAAGAUAUUUGUAGGUGGGAUCCCCCAUAACUGUGGCGAGCCUGAACUCAGGGACUAUUUCAAUAGAUUUGGUGUGGUCACAGAGGUGGUAAUGAUCUAUGAUGCGGAGAAGCAGAGGCCCCGAGGUUUUGGAUUUAUUACUUUCGAGGCCGAACAAUCAGUGGACCAGGCUGUCAACAUGCAUUUUCACGACAUCAUGGGCAAAAAAGUUGAAGUAAAGAAGGCUGAACCUCGUGACAAUAAAGCUCCCGGCCACCUUGGCCCGGGCCAGUGGGCACCCAGGAGCAUCUUAAGUGCAGCUAAUGGUUGGUCAGCACAGCCCACCCAGACCUGGCAACAACCAUAUGGGCCACAGGGAGUUUGGGUUGCGACUACAGGCCCGCCUAUAGGUGGUUAUGGACCUCCGAUAUCAGUGGCCCGGGGAACCCCCACACAUCCCGCUUCACCUUUUAGUGCAUUCCUGGUCACAACCCCAGCGGGCAGCUUUGCUGCACCUCAGGGCUACCCUCAGCAGGGCUUCAGCGCAGCACCUCAGUUUGGUUACAGUUUUGGCACUCCUCAAGCCGACCAGUAUAUUCCACAGGUUCCUCCUCCACCAACUACUCCGGGAACGGCAACAUUGGGCUUUGCUCCCACCACUACACCAACUCAGGAUUUGAGCAAAGCUUCGGCUGGGCAACCUGAAUUUUCGUAUAGCCAGUAUGGGUACGGUCAGGACCUGACUGCCUUCAGCCACACUUUUGCAGACCCCAGCCAGCCCACGGCGUACGGGACACCGACAGCACAGCCCGCCAAUGCUCCUCAGCCCGCCGCCAGCCUGUUUGGUAGAGGGCAAAAUCACAACGUACAAGGCUUCCACCCAUAUCGACGUUGACAGGGGUGCUGUGUAAAGUUCAAACAAAAAAAUUAUCUGGGGUUUAAAAAAACAAAAACAGGAGUCAGGGAAAUGUGUGACCGAUUGUUCUAUGGGAGUUAUUGAAUGCACAUGGUUGAAAUGGAAUCCACAGUAGAUUAUGUGGAAAAGUUGUACAAUAUUUUGGUUUCAACAGCAAGAUGCUUUUAUCUCCAAAUCCCCCUAUCCCCCACCUCCAUAUUUUAUAGUGGAACUAAACUACUUUGCAAUAAUUUUGAUUGUCUUGUCAGAAACUAGCACAGAAACUAUAUGGGAAGAGACUCUUAUAAAUAUGUAUAUUUAUGGUUGACUAAUAUGAAAACAGGGUUUUGAAUUUCCUCAGCUUUAAAUUCUAGGGAAAUUUUUAUUUGGUGAAUAUUGUUUACUUUCUGAGCCUUUCAAGUUUGUUUGAAAUUGAGAUUAUAGAUAUAUAUAUAUUAUACACAAACUGUGCAAUUUUUUAAAGAGGAAUUUUGUACUAUAAGUGUACACUUUGCUUGUUUUUUUUAUUUAAAGAUGUAGACUUCCCUCAGGUGGCUGUUUUGAGUGCAUUUCGCACUAUGCAAAAAGGACAAAUUAUUUAAAAAAACAAAAAGGAAUAAAUGUUUUAAAGAUA